AAGGGGCGCGGUUGUGACUGAAGAUGCGUUGUUUCUGAUAAAAGAGUUUGGAGCGCGCAGUUUCCAUCAUCCGUCCGUCCGUCCGUCCAUCAUCCGUCCAUCCAUCCAUCCCGUCCACCUGCUCCGAAAAAGGGCGCAUUUUGAAAGGAGAAACGUGCCCCCCCCCGUGGACCAGGGAGCGAAAGUGGGAGGGCAGGGGAUCGAAUGACUGGCCAUUAAGUCGCAGCGUCUUCAGUGGAGACUUCAGUGAUACGAUGAGGAAACAACCGCGCAACUUUGCCUCCGGACUCGCGCAGCCCCUGGUCUUCAUCCGAGCGCUUCAUGAGUGAAUCAAACGGUGGAAAGCAACAGGAGGAAGUAGACACUGGGAUACUGCAGCGGCGAUGGCACAGCUGUAUUACGGCAAAACGGACAACUCCUCGUACAGGGACCGCAUUCCCCUGCGGAUCGUGCGGUCCGAGUCUGAGCUCUCGGCCCUGGAGAGGGCCUACCUGGGGGCCGUCGAGAAGGGGGACUAUGCCAGCGUGAAGCAGGCCCUGGAGGAGGCGGAGAUCUACUUCAGAAUCAACAUCAACUGCAUCGACCCCCUGGGCCGCACGGCCCUGCUCAUUGCCAUCGAAAAUGAGAACCUGGAGAUCAUUGAGCUGCUCCUCAGUUAUAAUGUGUACGUGGGCGAUGCCCUGCUCUACGCCAUCCGCAAAGAAGUGGUGGGAGCCGUGGAGUUGCUGCUCAACCACAAGAAGCGUGGGGACAAACAGGUCCCGCCAAUUCUGCUGGACAAACAGUUCUCAGGCUUCACGCCGGACAUCACUCCAAUCAUCCUCGCGGCCCACACCAACAACUAUGAGAUCAUCAAACUGCUCGUGCAGCGAGGUGUCUCCAUACCCCAGCCACACGCCGUACGUUGCAACUGCGUGGAGUGCUCGUCCAGCUCAGACGUCGACGGCCUGCGCCACUCGCGCUCCCGCCUCAACAUCUACAAGGCCCUCGCCAGCCCGUCUCUCAUCGCCCUGUCCAGUGAGGAUCCGUUCCUCACGGCUUUCCAGCUCAGCUGGGAGCUGGGGGAGCUCAGCAUGGUGGAGAACGAGUUCAAGUCAGAGUAUGAGGAGCUGUCACGAAUGUGUAAACAAUUUGCAAAAGACCUGUUGGACCAGACCCGGAGCUCUAGAGAGUUGGAAAUAAUCCUCAACUACCGUGACGACAUCAAUCCACUGCUGGAUGAGAAUGCGAAUGAUCUGGCACGACUGAAGCUGGCUAUCAAAUAUUGCCAGAAAGAGUUUGUCGCUCAGCCCAACUGUCAGCAGCUGCUGGCGUCUCGGUGGUAUGAUGAGUUCCCAGGCUGGAGGAGGCGUCACUGGGCAGCAAAGCUCAUCACGUGCAUCUUCAUCGGCCUCCUGUUUCCACUGCUGUGCAUCUUCUACCUGAUCGCUCCAAAGAGCCGCUAUGGCUUAUUCAUCCGCAGGCCUUUCAUCAAGUUCAUCUGUCACACUGCUUCCUACCUGACCUUCCUCUUCCUGCUCUUCUUGGCCUCGCAGCACAUAUCCUCUGCGCAACCGGAUUUUCAGGGUCCAGCACCCACCAGUGUGGAGUGGAUGAUCCUACCAUGGGUGCUUGGCUUUAUAUGGACUGAGAUCAAACAGAUGUGGGAUAAUGGUUUCCAAGACUACAUAGAUGACUGGUGGAACCUAAUGGACUUCAUAAUGAACGCCCUGUAUCUUGCAACCAUUUCUCUGAAGAUCGUUGCCUAUUCAAAGUACAGUGGGUACAAACUCAGAAAGGACUGGGAAAUGUCGCACCCAACUUUGGUGGCAGAGGCAUUGUUUGCAAUCGCCAACAUCUUCAGCUCGUUGCGCCUCAUCUGCCUUUUUACUGCCAACUCCCAUCUGGGGCCCUUACAGAUCUCACUGGGUCGAAUGCUCCUGGACAUCCUCAAGUUCCUCUUCAUCUACUGUCUUGUGCUUUUAGCCUUUGCCAACGGCCUCAACCAGCUGUACUUUUACUAUGAAACAGAUGAGCACCAUGUUUGCCAGGGCAUUCGCUGUGAACAUCAAAACAACGCCUUCUCAACGCUGUUCGAGACACUGCAGUCAUUAUUUUGGUCUGUGUUUGGCCUGAUUUCCCUCUAUGUGACCAAGGUGGAACCGAAACAUGAAUUCACCGAGUUCGUGGGCAGCACCAUGUUUGGCACAUACAAUGUGAUCUCGCUGGUUGUGCUUCUGAACAUGCUCAUUGCAAUGAUGAACAACUCCUACCAGCACAUAGCUGAUCACGCAGAUAUAGAGUGGAAAUUUGCAAGAACAAAACUGUGGAUGAGCUACUUCGAAGAAGGGGGAACUUUGCCGUCUCCAUUUAAUAUAAUACCCAGUCCAAAGUCAGUUUUUUAUCUAGCUGGGUGGAUAAAGGCAUGUUUGUUUAGGACACCAAGCAUAAAAAGGCUGGAUAACUUUGAAACCCUGGGGAGACGUGCAGCCCAUAACGUGCGAUUUAACCAUGAGUAUCAGGAGGCUUUGAGGAAUCUUGUAAAGCGAUAUGUGGCUGCAAUGAUCCGAGAUGCCAAGACCGCGGAAGGGUUGACCGAAGAGAAUUUCAAGGAGCUCAAGCAGGACAUCUCCAGCUUCCGCUAUGAAGUCCUGGGAAUGAUGAAGGGAAAAUCUCUCGGAAGGGGAGCAAGUAAAGUUGCCAGCCUAACAUUGGCAUACCCUGGAAACCCAUUCAAAUACUCUUCCAAAUUCCAAACUGAUGAUGCUGAAGAGAAGCUGUACGUGUUUGAUGCCAUCCCCACCACCACCACCCUACAGAGCAGAGCUUCCAACUGCUCCAACAGGAUAACCAACGAUGCAGCGGUUGAGUCCAGUACAGGGAGGACUCAGGGCGAGCUGUCCAAGGACGUCUCAGAGGCUGUGUCCCAGAAAUGUAAAGACAUAUCACCGUCAGCGGAAGAUUCAUUGGGAUCAGGUCGACAAAACAAAGAACAAUUUGAAACUAAGAAAUUCAAUGUUGAGGUCUUAGAGCGAGUGGAGAGGAGCAAACAGGAGAUCGAGCAUUCUCGCAAAGAGCACCUUAAUGAGGUGAAAAUGGGCUGAGAAAUUAUUUAAAAAAAAAAUCUAUCUCCAUGCAAGUGAGGGAUGUUAAGUCAAGUCACGUUUAUUUUUGGAGCACAUUCAAAAUAGAGUUUGAACACGCGAGGCUUCACCUAAACCCUUGUUACAAAGCUUUAGGGUUACAUAGAACAUACUGUAAGAGGGCCCUAAUCCCUCAACCUCAACCAAGGGAUAGCCAGGAGCUGCUCGUCAGAGGAUCUGAGAGAUCUGGGAGUAGAAAGGGGGAAGAGGAGCUCAGAGAUGUAUUGGGGG